AUGGAUCAUGUAUCGAAGCCUCAGAGAGAAGACACAGCAACGGCUAAAGAUGUUCUAAAUGUUUAUGCAACCAAUACGCGUUACAAGUCCACGGAAAGCCAUCCUUGGCAAAGGCAUUCGUUGCCCAUUGAUCAUGACGAGACGUUGAUGGAAUUCCGGCAACGAUUAGUCGAACUCUUCAAGCCCUUCUACAACAACACUGAUAUUCCAAGUCAUGGGGGUGAAGCAACCGUGACGAUGAUCGCAGUCGAUUCGGAUGGAAUCCUUCUUUUCAACGAUGCCUUGCAAGAGGAUGAGAGCUUGUAUCAGAACAGUUUUAAAGAAGGUCAGAAAGAAUCAUCGGAGCGACAUACCCGAAACUCAAAGUUUAGGUAUAGGGACUUUCAAGCAUUACAUGAGCUGGGAAUUCAACCUCAGUCCCAUAUCUACGCAUUUCCGACUUUCACCACAAAUCAUCGAUGUGCUGUAUCGCUUCAUCUCAAGUUUCCACCCCCAAACCAGAAUGACCCGGUAUUAAUCAAACUACCAAGCCUUUUCUCUCCUUGCAUCAUGGUCAAGGUUAUUUUAGUGGAUUUACAAGAGCAACAAAGGGAACGUCAAAAUGUAACAACGGGAACACUGCUACAAGGAGAAAGCCACGAGGAUAUGGAUAUUGACAACAAUGAAAAGGACCACAACAAGCCUGGGGUAAUGAUGGCGAGCACCAACGGACCAACGAUUAGGCGCCAUCGUAGUAUCGAUAGAAUGCGGCUGCUUUUCGCCGGAAAGCAACUGGAAAAUUUUCGUCGUCUUGUGGACUAUGGGAUUGGUUGGGAUGCUACGAUUUUCGUAUUGUAUCGACAAGAGGACGCAUCGUCAUCAGCAGGAGGGAACUGA